GGGGCCGCCGGCCGGACCCAGCGCCCCGGGCGGGAGGCGCGAUGCGGACGCGGGGCGCCGUGGGCCGGGCCCGGGCGGCGCGGAGCUGCCUCUGCCUCCUCCUGCCGCUGCUGCUGCCGCCGGGGGCCGCGCCCGGGCAGCCGGGCCGCGCGGGUUUCCAGCAGGUUUCCCUGUUGUCUUCCUAUGAAGUUGUAAUCCCACAGAGGUUGGGAAGAGACCGGCGAGAGGCUUCCAAUGUCUCCUCAGUGCAGGACAAGGUGUCAUAUGCUAUUGAGAUAGAGGGAAAGGAACACACAAUUCAUCUAGAAAAGAACAAAGAACUGCUGCCCAAAGAUUUCACUGUUUAUACCUAUAAUAAGGAGGGGAAGUUGCAAUCUGAAUAUCCAGAUGUCCAGGAUCACUGCCAUUAUCAGGGAUAUGUGGAGGGGAGCCUGGAUUCUGUGGUUGCUGUCAGCACAUGCUCUGGGCUCAGGGGUUUGGUGACAAUAGGGAACAUCACCUAUGGGAUCGAGCCCAUGGAUCCCUCCUCUGUCUCCAAACACAUUCUAUAUCGAUUGGAUAAUGUGAAGAAGGAACCCACCACGUGUGGGGUAACCACUGAAGACCACGAAAAGGAACAGGCAGAGGAAAAUCCCCAUCCCAGCAUGACCCAGCUGCUGCGAAGAAAGAGAGCAAUCCUACAUCAAACAAGAUAUGUGGAGCUGUUCAUAGUUGUGGAUAAGGAAAAGUUCGAAGAUUUUGGGAAGAGUGAAACAGAAGUAAGAGAGCACAUGGUGCAGCUGGCAAACUUCCUCGACAGUAUGUACAUCAUGUUGAACAUCCGCAUUGUGCUGGUUGGUCUAGAGAUCUGGAAGUAUGAAAACAUAAUCAGCACAGAUGGAGGUGCUGGGGAUGUGCUGGCAAAUUUUGUACAGUGGCGAGAGAAGAACCUUGUGUUGCGCCGGAGACACGACAGCGCCCAGUUUGUUCUGAAGAAGGGCUUUGGUGGCACAGCUGGCAUGGCCUACGUGGGAACAGUGUGUUCCAAGAGCCACGCAGGAGGCAUCAACGUGUUUGGAAGAAUCAGUAUUCAGAUGUUUGCCUCAAUUAUGGCUCAUGAGCUGGGACACAACCUGGGGAUGAACCAUGAUGAUGAACGUCUCUGUCACUGUGGAGCAGCCAGCUGCAUCAUGAGCUCUGGAGCAUCGGGAUCAAGGAACUUCAGCAGCUGCAGUGCAGAAGACUUUGAGAAGCUAACUCUUAACAAAGGUGGGAGCUGCCUGCUCAACGUUCCCAAACCUGAUGAAACCUACAGUGUCCCCUACUGUGGGAACAAGCUGGUGGAUGCUGGGGAGGAGUGUGACUGUGGCUCACCAAAGGAAUGUGAAAGUGAUCCUUGCUGUGAGCCAGGUGCUUGCAGGCUCCGGGCCGGUGCCAAGUGUGCUUAUGGUGACUGCUGUAAAAACUGCCAGCUCCUUCCUGAAGGAACCGAGUGUCGGGCGAGCACCAACGAGUGUGACCUCCCCGAGUACUGCAACGGCACCUCCCAGUUCUGCCAGCCAGACUUCACCGUGCAGAACGGCCACCCCUGCCACCACCAGGAGGCCUACUGCUACAACGGGGUCUGCCAGCACUACGACGCCCAGUGCCAGGAUAUCUUUGGCUCAAAAGCCAAAGCAGCCCCCAACAUUUGUUUUGCUGAAGUGAAUUCCAAGGGUGACAGAUUUGGCAACUGUGGUUUCCAUGGCCAUGACUACAAGAAAUGUUCCAGCUGGAAUGCCAUGUGUGGGAAGCUGCAAUGUGAAAAUGUGAAAACUAUGCCUGUGUUUGGAAUCAAGCCUGCUAUUAUCCAGACUCCCCUUGUAAACACCACGUGCUGGGGUGUGGAUUUCCAGCUAGGCUCUGACGUCCCAGACCCUGGAAUGGUGAAUGAAGGCACCAAAUGUGGUAAUGGAAAGAUCUGCCGGCACUUCCAAUGCGUGAGCGCCUCCGUCCUCAACUACGACUGCGACGUGGAGCAGCAGUGCCACGGGCACGGGGUGUGCAACAACAACAGGAACUGUCACUGCGAGGCUGGCUGGGCCCCCCCACACUGUGACACCAGGGGCUACGGUGGCAGCGUGGACAGUGGCCCUCCCUACAAAGACACCUCACUGAGGAAUGGGCUGCUGGUGUUUUUCUUCCUGAUCCUCUCACUCCUCAUAGCUGCUGUUCUGGCAUUUGUAAAAAGAGACAGGCUGAGGAGAUGCUUUAGGAGAUUAAUGUCACGCUGCCAUUCGUCUCUUCGGUCACCGCCUCCUCGACCAGAAACUGACCAGAGAGACUACCACCACAGAGGCUUUUCCCAUGGCAUGCCUUAUCCUUCAAGAGCUGUUCCCAUGGACAUGGAGCCCCAUACCUACCCCGUUCCAUCUUACCCAGUUAAUCAGCAUCCCCAGCAGACUUACCACCAGCCCUACUACCCAUCACCACAGUACCAGGCACAGCAGCCACAGAGGCUGCCGACAAGGCCACCGCCCCCGCUGCAGAAGUGUGUGCCUCAGGGACCUCCUCCAGCACAGCAAAAAUGUUUACCUCAGGGACAGUAUUUUCCUUCUCGACCGGCACCUUUGCCUCCCAAAUAGCUUUUGGCUUCUUUGGGGCCUUCCUGUGAGCUGACCUGUCCACUGAGACAGAGCUGAGGCUGCAGUUGUCCUCCUUGCAUUGAGCAGCCUGUGGUAAUCCCGGGAAUCCUUCCUUCUGCAGCCUAGGAUAAGGCAAAUGAGAUAGUGAAACGAGGAAUGUAAAACUUCAAACUAAAUACCUCUACCAGAGCUACAGGAGCUGGAAACAUCUGUUCUUAGAGCUGUCUGAGGAUUGUGGCUUUGUGACCUGCAGCCUGGCGUGGAGCAGCCUGCAGUGACAUCCUCUUGUGAGCACAACUUGGAAGUUGCUUUUGGUUCCCCCAUUCCUGCCAUGAGCCCUGACAAGGAAAUUGUCUGAUUUGUUGCCAUCUUUCUAAGCGUACAGUGAAGAUCUGAAGUGACCCAAACUGUUUCCAAAACAAGGAAAUCUGGCCAAAUAACUUCAAAUUAUUCUGCAUGGACUGGAAAGAGUUUACCAUUUCCAAAUUAAUGGCAUAAGUGAAAUAAGGUAUCAGUGUACUUUUUCAGAGGAAGAGAAAUACAUUGUAAACAUGUUUAUGCAUGUAUAUAUGUUUAUUGAUGUGUAAUAAUGCACUUGAAUUCUUACUUCCAUGCUGACUGACACUAAGCUGUGCUACAUGAGCACUGAUUUUAAUGGUUUUAAAUUAGUAAUUGUGAGUUGCUAAAUGAGAAUCCUGUACUAAUUUCCACUAAUAAUAUCAUGCCUAGGCAAUGAAACUAAAGGUACGAAGCCGUGGCCAUAUUUUGGUUUUAAAAAAAUGGGUUUCUCUUGGGUUUUAAUUUGGGUCUAAGGACUGAGCAACAGUCCCUGCAGGAUGCUGAGGGGCAAGAAGUGUCUGGUGAGACCAGCUGAGCUUCGCUGAGCACUUUAAACAGGAACCUGGUGACUAAUGUGACCCAUGUGCCUGAUCCCCAAGCCUUUUUAGUGUCAGUUAGGAUGGGCCUGGACCCUUUCCUGCACCACUGACUAAACUAGACCUUGCACCCCUUUCUGAAAAGGGGUGUUUAGCAUUUGAUGUUCUGGCUGGUCAGGAAGGUCUGUCACCAUGGUACUGCUGGGCCCUGGGUGGAAACAGGACCCUGGUGGUCACAGAAAGAAAUCUGUUACACAGACUUGCUAAAAGUGAAAUAAGUACUGAAUAAUAAGUGCUUGGCUUUUUCACUUUGUGCUCGCCACCGAGUACAAACACAACCUGUAAAAUCCCCCAUCAUAUUGCAAAAAACCCCAACCUUUUCCUCUGUAAAUACAUAUAUAAAUAUAUAUAUAUAGUGUUUGCAUUUGCAGUAAUAAAUACUUGAACUCCUGUGGUUUCCCAUAAACUUAGACUAAGCUGUAUAACAUUAUUAAAAUAUGUAAAACGUCCUAGAAUAUCACCAGACGUUCUUGUGGGGGUCUUAUCUUUAUUCUGAGAUAACAACUUCCUCAUUUUUGUUGUGUUUGCUCAGCUGGGGCUGUCUGUCCAUCUGUCUGUCUGUCUGCAGCUGGGCCAGGCAGAUGUGCUGGGAGCUGCUCCCCACGGCUGGAGCGGGGCUGGAAACAUCCGGGAGUGGGAUGUACUGAACUGUAUGUGUGAACUCAAACUGUGCUGAAUAUGGUGCCUUUUACUAGAUGCCGCGUUCUGGUCCCCGCAGCGCCCCGGGCUGCGGGGCGGCCGGUUGGGCAGCGAUCCUGCGGGCAGGGCAGGGCUCCCGUUUGACGCCGCUGACGGUGCCGCUGGAGCCUGCGCUGCUCCCCCGGGUCGCUCUGGAGAAAGCGGAGGCGAAUUCCGUGUCCCGCACGCGUGUACACCCGCAAGGGCUGUUCCCCGACCCCCUUUGUAAGCACCAGACGAGCAAUAAAGCUGCCGGUUUUGUACGA